GCGGUGACUGCUUACUUCUUGCCUCUUACCCCCAUCAUCGGACGCGCGUACCAGCGAUGCAGCCAGCACUAUUCGGCGACGAGCGUAGGCGACAAAUCAACCUCGGAGGCGCAUCUGGCGCGUACUCUCAGUCAGCAUUACUCAACCAGGCGAAGGCGCGGCGGCAGGAGCGACAUGCGCUCAAGCAGAAGCAGGAGAGCGCAGUGAAGAUACAGGCGUGGUGGAGAGGUGUGCGCGAGGCACAAUACGUCCGUCGCGACAUGCGGCAGGCUCUCGAUCGCGACAUCACUAGCCUCAAUGCUCUCCGAUGCUUGGUUCUCGUAGGACAAGAUGAGGAAGCACUGGGAAAGUGGUCGCAGUCAUUAGACAGCGCAGGGGCAGGCGCUGUAUUCGCGCCGGCACGCGACGGUUCUGCUGCAAGCUGGCUGGUGCUGAUCCGUAAGGCGAGCCUCAUGUUAUGCCAGUCUCUAUCACGAAAUUUUCAGUCACCUUACGCAAUACACCACGUCAAUAUAUUAUCUACCUUACUCUCUCCUGACGCUGGCCGUUGCGCGCUAGGCCUCGACGGCAGUCAAGCAGCUACCGAAAUAUCACGAUAUCUAGUCGAACACGAUUACCAGCAAUAUCUUGCUCAAGCACUCCGCCAAGUGUCUCUCGAACGCAAGACACAAUAUGCUGCACUCCCAACACUUGUACAACUCCUCAUUGCCCCCUUCUCCCUCUGGCAACCUGCGACACCCACCUUUGACCGCGCAUUCCUCGGCUUCUUCACGCGUAUCCUCACCAUCCCCCUCCUCCCAAAUAGACUGCCGCUAGAAUCACUUGCCCGGCUUUCAUCAAGUCUCCCAUACUCAUCACUCCCCGCCCUUGCAUCUCAUCUACCAGAUCUAAUUGCCCUGGACAUGGACAGCAAGGUCCAUCUCAUCGCAAACCUUGUCACCUUUACCGCUCCACGAUAUGCCGCAUUACCCACCACCGCACUCGCAACGUACUUGCGCAUCCUCACUGCGCUUAUAAACACCCUACCUAUCAAUGCACUUGACCCGCCGUCAGCGCAGAAGGCUCCGAAAGCGAACGUCACCCCAUGGCGGCACGACGACUCGGACGACUCAGACUCCGACGAGCCGGCGACACAGGUGACCGUCGUGUCGACAUUUGCGCCGCCGCCCCAAUUACCAGAUGUCGACAAUCGGACUGCCAAGCGCUUGCAAACAUUGCAAGAUGGAAAGCACCUCGCCUCGCUCUUGGCCGCGACGAAGGCGCACUCUGGCGCGCGUUCAUGGCUCGUGACAUACUUGCUUGCGCUCACUACCGUGUGGCCCGCGACGCGAGAGCACGUUCUGAGCACGAUUCUCGCGCAUACAGGCGGCACGCUGGUCCGCGAACUGUACCGAGGAUAUGUCCGCGGCAGUCCACUUGGGCGAGAGGGCAGCCCGGGUGCGGUGCUGGAUCCCGCGCACGCGGAGGCUUGGCCACCGCUGCUGCUGCUCGCGGACCUGUACACGCAGGCGCUCCUGACGAUGGGCGACGACGAGUUUUUCGGUGCCGGGCGCAAUCCGCUGACGCUGGACGAGGUUGCGUCUUUCGGGCGGCAGCUACUGGUCAUCGCCUACACGCUGUACACGCGGGAGGAUCAGGGCGGUAUGGUGCGUGCCGACGGGUCCGUCCUGCGCUGUUCCUACGACGGCGCGCGCGAGAAGAUAACGCGCUGCCUAACGGCAAUCCACGCACGAGACUCCCGCAAGCCCUUCGUGCGCCGCGACCACUGGCUCGUCACCGCGCAGGUCGACAUGCAGGCCUUCGUCGAGGCCGCCAUCUACGAAGAGCAGAAGCUCUCCCACGCCGACGCCGACCUGCCGCCCCGCGCGCUCUCCAAGCGGCAGAUCGCCGCCAUGUCCCCGCGCCUCGGCGUGCUCAACAACAUCCCGUUCGCGAUCCCGUUCGAGGUGCGCGUGAGCAUCUUCCGGCACUUUGUCGCGAACGAUAUGAUGGCGCGCGGCCGGAGCGCGAGCCGGUAUGCGUAUGGGCCGGGGCAGAGGACGCGGGCGGAGAUCAGGAGGGGGCGGGUGGCGGAGGAUGGGUUCGAUAGGCUGGGGGAUGCGGACUUGAAGGCGCCGUUGGAGAUCACGUUCAUUGAUCAGUUUGGGGAGCCGGAAGCGGGCAUCGAUGGUGGGGGGCUGUUCAAGGAGUUCUUCACGUCGCUGUGCAAGGAGGUCUUCGACACGGAUCGCGGGCUCUGGUUGGCGAACAAGAAAAACGAGCUGUAUCCGAACCCGCAUGCGUAUGCGACGGAGUCGCACAGCCUGAACUGGUACCGCUUCAUCGGCCGCAUCCUCGGCAAGGCGAUGUACGAGGGCAUCCUCGUUGACGUAGCUUUCGCGGGCUUUUUCUUGGCGAAGUGGCUCGGACGUCAAAGCUUCCUCGACGACCUCGCGUCGCUCGACCCCGACCUUUACAACGGCCUCAUCUUCCUCAAGAACUACGAUGGCGACUUUGAGGCGCUCACGUUGAACUUUACUGUCGCUGUCGAAGAAUUUGGCGAGGCAAAGAGCGUAGAUCUGAUCCCCAACGGGAGUAACAUCCCCGUGACGAAGGAGAACCGGCUGCAGUACAUUCACCUCGUGUCGCACUUCAAGCUCACGCGGCAGAUCAAGCUGCAGUCCGAGGCGUUCUUCGAGGGCUUGUCGCAGAUGAUCGAUCCGAAGUGGUUGAGGAUGUUCAACCAGCAAGAAGUCCAGAUCCUCAUCGGCGGCGCGCACACACCCAUCGACCUCGACGACCUGCGCGCGCACACGAACUACGGCGGCCUGUACGACGACAACGAGCUCACGAUCCAGAUCUUUUGGAAGGUGGUCAAUGGGUUCAACCAAGAGCAGCGCCAAUUGCUGCUGCGUUUUGUGACCAGCUGCAGUCGGCCGCCCUUGCUGGGCUUCAAGGAACUCGUCCCGAACUUCGCCAUCCGCGACGCUGGGUCGGACGAGAACCGACUGCCCACGGCCAGCACGUGUGUCAACCUAUUGAAGCUGCCUAGGUAUCGCAGCGAGCGGGUCCUGCGCGAUAAGCUGCUGCAGGCGAUCAACUCGAACGCGGGCUUCGACUUGUCGUGAGCAGGGGAAUCUGCAACUCGUGAACGCGGGUCGCAAUCCUGAAGGGGCGGAAGGCAACUUCUUGCGCCAUCCCUACCUCAGUUGGCGUUGGUGUCUUAUCUGAAGGAGAAAAGAUACGGUAUGCACACUUGGAUCUGUUGUACUAAUAUGGGACGUCUAUCUUAGAAUGAGAUGCGCUCUUGCGUUC